GGCCGGGAGAGGAGGAAAUGGGGUGGAGGAAUUGUGUGCAGGUCUGUGACAUUGAAGGCUGGGCUUCUGAAAGGGCUUGGGGCUGCCUUCUCAGGUCAGAGAUGAGAAGGAAGCUCUCACUGGCUGUCCCUCCCCUUUGAUGGGAUAACUGGAGGCUGUGGCAACCCAGCCUCCCUCCCUAGUGGCCCCACCAGAAUAAAACCGCCCAAGGAGUGUUGACUACCCCGGGAAGCUUCGGAGCCUGCACCAAGGAGGAGGAGCACGUAGCUUGCUGCCAGAAAUGGCCCUGUCAGUGGACUCAUCCUGGCACCGGUGGCAGUGGCGUAUCAGAGAUGGCCUCCUCCAGUCCCCAUCAGAAGCCACACCGCUGCUGUCCCCAGAGAAGGAGAGGCAGAGCUACAAUCUGACGCAGCAACGGAUCGUGUUCCCCAACAACAACAUAUUCCACCAAGAUUGGGCAGAGGUCUCCAAGAGAUACUCAGGCAACAGAAUCUGCACAACCAAGUACACCCUCCUUACCUUCCUGCCCCGGAAUCUCAUGGAGCAGUUUCACAGGUGGGCCAACCUCUAUUUCCUGUUCCUGGUGAUUCUGAACUGGAUGCCCACCAUGGAAGUUUUCCACAGGGAAAUCACCAUGUUACCAUUGGCCACUGUGCUGUUCAUCAUCAUGGUCAAGGACGGCAUGGAGGACUUCAAGCGGUACUGCUUCGAUAGAGAGAUAAACUUCUCCCACAUCCAGAUAUAUGAAAGAAAGGAGCAGAGCUACGUGCAGAAGCGCUGGAGGGAUGUGCGUGUGGGAGACUUCAUCCAGAUGCAAUGCAAUGAGAUCAUCCCGGCCGACAUUCUCCUUCUCUUUUCCUCGGACCCCAGUGGGAUCUGCCACCUGGAAACUGCCAACUUGGACGGAGAGACAAACCUCAAGCAAAGGCGUGUGGUGAAGGGCUUCUCUCAGCAGGAGGCCCAGUUCAAACCAGAACACUUCCACAACACCAUCGUGUGUGAGAAACCCAACAACCGUCUCAACAAAUUCAAGGGUUACAUGGAGCAUCCUGACCAGACCAGGACCGGCUUUGGCAGUGAGAGUCUUUUGCUCCGAGGCUGCACCAUCAGAAACACCGAGGUGGCUGUUGGCAUUGUCAUCUAUGCAGGCCACGAGACGAAAGCCAUGCUGAACAACAGCGGCCCGCGGUACAAACGCAGCAAGAUCGAGCGCCGCAUGAACACGGACAUCUUCUUCUGCAUCGGGCUCCUCUUCCUCAUGUGCCUCAUUGGAGCUGUAGGUCACAGCCUCUGGAACGGGACGUUUAGGGAACAUCCUCCCUUCGAUGUGCCGGAUGCCAAGGGCAGCUUCCCUCCCCUUGCCCUUGGAGGCUUCUACAUGUUCCUCACAAUGAUCAUCCUGCUCCAGGUGCUGAUCCCCAUCUCCCUGUAUGUGUCCAUUGAGCUGGUGAAGCUCGGGCAAGUCUUCUUCCUGCACAACGACCUCGACCUGUAUGAUGAGGAGACCGAUCUGUCCAUCCAAUGUCGAGCCCUCAACAUCACAGAGGACCUGGGCCAGAUCCAGUACAUCUUCUCCGACAAGACGGGGACACUGACUGAGAACAAGAUGGUGUUUCGGCGCUGCACCAUUGUGGGCAGCGAGUACUCACACCAAGAAAAUGCCAAGCGACUGGAGGUCCCAAAGGAGCUGGACUCAGACAGUGAAGAGUGGACCCAAUACCAGUGCCUGUCCUUCCCGGCCAGAUGGGCCCAGGGCCCAGCAGCAGUGAGGAUCCCAGGAGGCGUCCAGCCUCUGAGGAGAUGCCAGAGUGCCCGGGUACCCAUCCAGGGCCACUCCCGACAGAGGUCCGAGGGGCGCUGGGAAAACGCACAGUCUUCGGUGGCCUUCAGCAGCUCCAUCGAAAAAGAUGUGACUCCAGAUAAAAACCUACUGACCAAGGUACAAGAUGCUGCCCUGUGGCUGGAGAACUUGCCAGACUCCAGACCUGCCAAGGCUUCCCUCUCCACCACCUCCUCCAUCGCUGACUUCUUCCUCGCCCUAACCAUCUGCAACUCCGUCAUGGUCUCCACAACCACUGAGCCCAGGCAGAGGGUCACCAUGCCACCCUCGACCAAGGCUCUGGGGACCUCCCUGGAGAAGAUCCACCAGCUCUUCCAGAAGUUGAAGUUUUCCAGCCUCAGCCAAUCAUUCUCCUCCACCGCGCCCUCCGACACCGACCUGGGGGAUAGUUUGGGGACCACCAUGCCCCCCACGGACUCGGAAGACAGAGACGACGCGUCUGUGUGCAGUGGAGGCUACUCAACUGAUACUGACGGCGGCUACAGGAGCAGCACAUGGGACCAAGGUGAGGCCCUGGCGUCCGGGUCGGGCACUUCCUUGGAGGAGGUGCCGGAGGACCCUGCUCUCGGCCCGGCCAGCCCCGAGCUCUGCUACGAGGCCGAGAGCCCUGACGAGGCUGCCCUGGUGCACGCCGCCAAUGCCUACAGCUUCACACUGGUGUCCCGGACGCCGGAGCAGGUGACUGUGCGCUUGCCCCAGGGCACCUGCCUCACCUUCGAUGUCCUCUGCACCCUGGGCUUUGACUCUGUCAGGAAGAGGAUGUCCGUAAUUGUGAGGCACCCGCUGACGAGCGAGAUCAUCGUCUAUACCAAGGGCGCCGACUCGGUUAUCAUGGACCUGCUGGAAGACCCGGCCCGCGUGACUGACACUGAUGUGGAAAAGAAACUGAGGAAAAUCCGAGCCCGGACACAGAAGCAUCUGGACUUGUAUGCAAGAGAUGGUCUUCGAACGCUGUGCAUCGCCAAGAAGGUCCUAACUGAAGAGGACUUCCGGCGAUGGGCCAGUUUCCGGCAUGAGGCCGAGGCAUCCCUCGACAACCGAGAUGAGCUUCUGAUGGAGACCGCCCAGCAUCUGGAGAAUCAACUCACCUUACUGGGAGCCACUGGGAUCGAAGACCGGCUGCAGGAAGGAGUUCCAGACACAAUCGCAGCUCUGCGGGAAGCUGGAAUCCAGCUCUGGGUCUUGACUGGAGAUAAGCAGGAGACAGCGGUCAACAUUGCCUACUCCUGCAGACUGUUGGAUCAGACCGACACUGUUUACUCCAUCAACACGGAAAGCCAGGAAACUUGUGAAUCCAUCCUCAACUGUGCCCUGGAAGAAGUGAAGCAAUUUCAUGGGCCCCGGAAGGCAGAGCGCAAGCUCUUUGGGUUCCACCUACCUUCUGAGACACCUCCCCCCGCCUCAGGAGCCGCGGUGCCAGCAGUUGGAUUGGUCAUUGAUGGGAAGACACUGAACGCCAUUUUCCAGGGAAAGCUGGAGAACAAAUUUCUGGAGUUGACCCAGUACUGCCGGUCUGUCCUGUGCUGCCGCUCCACGCCACUGCAGAAGAGCAUGAUCGUCAAGCUGGUGCGAGACAAGUUGAGCGUCAUGACCCUUUCCAUAGGUGACGGAGCAAAUGACGUAAGCAUGAUUCAAGCUGCUGACAUUGGGAUUGGAAUAUCUGGACAGGAAGGCAUGCAGGCCGUCAUGUCCAGUGACUUCGCCAUCUCCCGCUUCAGACACCUCAAGAAGCUGCUGCUGGUGCAUGGCCACUGGUGCUACUCCCGGCUGGCCAGGAUGGUGGUGUACUACUUCUACAAGAACGUGUGCUACGUCAACCUGCUCUUCUGGUACCAGUUCUUCUGCGGUUUCUCGGGCUCCACCAUGAUCGACUACUGGCAGAUGAUCUUCUUCAAUCUCUUCUUCACCUCACUGCCUCCUCUCGUCUUCGGGAUCCUCGAUAAAGACAUCUCUGCGGAGACACUCCUGGCGCUGCCCAAGCUGUACAGGAGCGGCCAGGACUCCGAGUGCUAUAACCUGAUGACUUUCUGGGUUUCCAUGAUGGAUGCUUUCUACCAGAGCCUCAUCUGUUUCUUUAUCCCUUACCUGGUAAUGUUUACUUCUUUCCUUCCACAGACCAUCAUCCACGGGCUGGUUCUCCUAGGCAGCUUCCUGAUGUACUUUGUGGUAUCCCUAGUGUUGUACGCCACCUGCGUCACCUGCAACACUUCCAAAUCCCAGAGGUGCCCAGGCAUAGAUUUAAUCACCACAGUCAGGAGCACAGUGAAAAGGAUCUUGCCAUGGGUGGGGAGUUGGAUUCGAAGGUCCCUUUCAAUGCUAAAGUUCAAGACAUCAACAAAAAUCAGAAAAAAGAUUUAUUGUUGUUUCUCCUUCCCCACCAGGUACUUUUUCUUAUCUCUACAAGGGACAUAUGGGGAGUCCCUGAUCGCAAAAGCUCAGAAAAUUGACAAACUCCCCAAGGACAAAAGAGACCUGAAAAUCCAGAGUUGGAGAAGCAAACAAAUGCCGGUCCCUGGAGAGGCUCAGCGCACCCACCGUCCAGUGCCACCUGUCCCUGAACAGGACUUCAGAGCCAGCACCCCAAAGAGCUCCCGCCCUCCCAAGCAGAAGUGCACAGAGAACCGGGGGGUGCACGGAGAGAGAAGCAGCAGAGACCACAGGAGGGACAACCCAAGCUCAGCAGACUCCUCAGCUAAACUCUCAUCCAAAGAUCACCUCCUUCUGGGGCCCAAUAGCAGGAUGGCGUCCGGGGCCUACCCCAGCGGGCAGACUGAUGAAUACCAGCGCUCGCGCAGGGGCAGCCAUCGCCGAUCCCAGAGUUCACUGACCAUCUGAGGGGCCUGCAGAAAUCUGUACAAACUUAGGUGAGGCCGCCCAAUCGCCGGCCUAAUUAACCCAAGACUCUCCCUCUCCAUGGAGGAAAGAAUGAGUCAGUCUUACUCUUUUCUCCCCGCCAGGCUUGACUUCCUUAGAGGAAGUACUGGCCCUCAGGGCGUUGACCAAAAAAGGCUGGAAACCACUCAACCUCCAGUUUUCUCCUGCUGCCAGGCAGCAUAUCUUGCAAACAGAGUUUCAUAAAGAGGCUGUGUUUCUAUGGCAUUGACUCCUCAGAGACAUUCUUCUGAUCCUCUAGAUAAGUACAGCCUACAACCCAAUACAUGCAUUUCCAAGAUUCCAGGAAAUGUAUAAACCCAGGCAAUCCCUCCGGCUGUGGAAGUUUCUAGUCUUGCCACACCAUCACUUCACGCACGGGUGCCAGAGUUUAAAUUUCAGAAGAGACCCAGACAUGCAGGUGCUUCAUCUUGAUUGUAUUGCAGAGAUGGCCACAUGGGGGUUAACAUCCCUUUCACUCACAAAGAGUAAGGAUGCUGUUUGUCUCUAAGUCAAAUAAAACUACAUCUAAAUAUUAAAACUAGACUUGAACUCAGUGCCACUGAUACUUCAGAGGGUUGUGGGGCCACAGCUGGUGUAAGAGGAAGGAAGAACAGAAGCAUUCUAAGAGAAAUGGGUAUACCAGAAGCCCCAUGCUUUAGCUGACAGACCACAUGUCCCACAGCCUGGGGAACCUACUUUUUUAAAAAGCUAUUUAUUUUAUUUGUUUUUAUAUUAAAGGACCUACUCUCAUUCAGCUCUCAGAACAGGAAAACUCUAAGAUGAACAGAUCUUAGCAAGCCUGCCCACAGAAUAGACCCAUAUGAUGCAAGCAACUCUGAGUCCAAACAAUGACAUCUUCAAGGGCCAAUGUUAAAUCCUGUUCAUUAAGCGUAACCCAGAGAGGAGUGCCGCCUGGAGGACACUGGCACAUGCUUCCAUUAAAUUCGGGAGAGUCAUAGGAAGUCUCACUUCACAGGGAAAAGAAGGAUUACAGAGGCGUCUUACCCCUAGAGAUAGUAAAUACCAAAAAUAUAAGAGCUCAAAAACACUGUUGAAGUAAAAGAAUGGAUGAUAGAAUUCUAAUAGGCUGUCAGGAGAAGUUAUGUCUACUAUGCGCAAGGAUAGCCUGUCCCUAGUCUUCUAAGAUAAGUCAGGGAGGGCUACUAAGCCUUUUAUGCUUAAGGCAGUGCCUAUAUAUUAAGCAAAAUCCUUAUAGGUUAGGAAUGAAUGCAACAAGUCUUUGAGCCUAGGAGUCAUAGCCACCUCAGUUGAGUAACUUUUCACAACAAAGCCCCCAAAAGAUCUCCAGUUGGCAAAUGGCAGACUGAGUUGGUCCUCUGACCACCCUGCUGACAAACCUGAACUGGAGAAGCCAUUUGGAGCACCUUCCUGGAGCCAAAAUACUAGGUCUCAUUCACUGACUCUGCCACAUAACGACACGGGCACUGGCCAGCUGGUAGGUAUUCAGGGGAAUUCUACAAGAGGAUUGCUAAAGGGGAAACACAGCUGGCAAAGCAGUAAUGACUUUGUCCCAAAUAAGAGGACUAAGCCAAAACUCAGAUUUCAGGGUCCCUUUCUCUGUAGGAUUCCUGCCCAGUCCUGAAAGCCAGAUGAGAAAGAAUGCUUCAGAAAAGAACAAAGGCGGGAAGACCACUAGCCUCAGGAGAUCUGAGGCAUAGAUCUUUGUUCUCUAGAGCCAGGAACCUUGAAGCAGGAUGCCACACCUACAAAUUAGGGUAGAACUGCCCUACCUCCCAGGCUUGGCAUAGGAACAAGUCAAAGUUACAUAGGAGGUGAGGGAGAGAAAACCCUUUGAAAGCUGUUAACACCCUCAAUAAUAACACAGGGAUAUUUAUUUCAGAGCUUAAAGGAAAAGAGGUGAUGGAGAAGUUGAGGAAAUGUCUGAUCCUGACACUAAAUGCCAAACCAUACCCAUCACUGUGAUGCUGCUCUCUUUCUUGCAUGACCAACCAGCCCAGUUAGCCUGGGAUUUUCCCAGUUUUAGCACUGAAAGCCCCACAUCCUGGGAAACUCCUCAGUCCUGGGCCAACUGGUCACCUACUCCUGCCCUUCUUUGUAAACCAAAUCAACUGUGACUAUCCAACAUGCCACCUUAGGGGGAAAAGUUAUAACAACUAUUUCCCGACAACAUAAUCCUAAUGAUUGUACUUAAUACAUUUUUAUACUUUUAUGACCUUUUACUGAUUGGCUGGAAAUGUGCUGUCCUUUA